CGAUCUCUUCAUCCAUAGCAAGCAGCAAUGGCCUUCUCUCUUCUUUCAUCAAUUCCCCUCGCACUCUUCACUUUCAUGCUCAUUGUGGGCCUCAGCAAGGCCCAACAGAUUGGCACAGCAACAAGGCAUUACAAGUUUCAUAUAAGGAGGGCCAACGUCACGAGAUUGUGUCACACUAAGAGCAUCGUAACCGUCAACGGGCAGUACCCGGGCCCUAAGAUUGUAGCAAGGGAAGGUGACCGAGUGAUCGUUGAGGUGUUCAAUCAUGUUAAGGACAACGUGACCUUACAUUGGCAUGGGGUUCGGCAGCUGAGGAGUGGAUGGGCUGAUGGGCCGGCCUAUGUAACCCAAUGCCCGAUCCAAACGGGCCGAAGCUACGCGUACAAUUUCACCAUAGCGGGCCAAAGAGGAACCCUAUGGUGGCAUGCGCAUAUAUCUUGGCUAAGGGCCACGCUCUACGGACCCAUUAUCAUUCUACCUAAGCUUGGGGUGCCUUAUCCCUUUGCUAAGCCCUACAAAGAAGUUCCUAUGGUCUUUGGCGAAUGGUGGAACGCAGACACAGAGGCCGUCAUCAACCAGGCUCUUAACACUGGUGGAGGCCCAAAUGUGUCCGAUGCUUACACUAUUAAUGGCCUCCCAGGCCCGUUAUACAACUGUUCUUCUAAAGAUACGUUCAAGCUCAAGGUGAAGCCAGGCAAGACCUACCUCCUCCGAAUCAUCAACGCUGCACUCAACGAUGAGCUCUUUUUUAGUAUCGCCAACCACACACUGACCACUGUCGACGUCGACGCAGUCUACGUGAAGCCAUUCGAUUCUGAUACGAUCCUCAUCUCACCGGGGCAAACCACCAAUGUCCUCCUCCGCACAAAGCCCGUUGGGCCUAGUGCCACAUAUCUCAUGGCCGCGAGGCCGUACGCCACGGGCCAAGGCACGUUCGACAACUCAACCACCGCAGGUCUCCUCGAAUAUCAAAAUGAUCACAAUAAGUCAAUCAAAAAAUUACCACUCUUCAAGCCAACACUUCCGUCUAUUAAUGACACUUCUUUUGCCACCAAAUUUACAAACAAGUUGCGUAGCUUAGCGACCGAAAAAUUUCCGGCUAACGUCCCCCAAUCUAUCGAUGAACACUUAUACUUCACUGUUGGGUUGGGCUCAAACCCGUGCCCAAAAAACCAAACAUGCCAAGGCCCGAACGGGACCAAAUUCGCCGCAAGUGUUAACAACGUGUCCUUCACAAUGCCCACUACGGCCCUCUUACAGGCCCAUUACUUUGGGCAAUCAAAUGGAGUCUAUAGGCCGGAUUUCCCAGUAAACCCCUUGCAUUACUUUAAUUACACCGGGACCCCACCUAAUAACACACUGGUGGGCAAGGGGACUAAGUUGAUGGCGUUGAGGUUCAAUACAAGUGUGGAGUUGGUGAUGCAGGAUACUAGCAUCCUUGGGGCUGAGAGCCAUCCUUUGCAUUUGCACGGAUACAAUUUUUUUGUGGUGGGCCAAGGAUUCGGAAACUAUGAUCCAAGCAAGGACCAGGCCCAUUUCAAUUUGGUCGACCCGGUUGAGAGGAACACUGUUGGGGUGCCACCUGGCGGCUGGGUGGCCAUCAGAUUUCGCGCUGAUAACCCUGGCGUAUGGUUCAUGCAUUGUCACCUGGAGGUGCACACAAGCUGGGGUCUGAAAAUGGCAUGGUUGGUUCUUGAUGGAGAACUGCCCAAUCAGAAGCUGCCACCUCCGCCCGCCGAUCUUCCCAAAUGCUAGGAAUCUGACUCAGAGAUUGAAGGUUGAACCAACAUAUUUUGCUUGAGAUCUUGGAUAUUUCUUCAUUAAUUUAUUCUUUUUGAUAACAUUUGUGUUCUUCAUUAUACUUUUCUUUCAUGUUCUGCUGACAGUGACAGUGUGAGAAGAGAGUUUUCCAUGUGUGGAUAAGUUUUUUUAAUGAAUAAUGUCUUUUGGAGACCUAUUUGAUCAAUAAAAUCAGAAAUUUUUUUUACA